AGGUUGGAUGCCUUAAGAAGUUGGAUGUGGCGAUGUUUGCGGUGGAUUCAUUGAGGCAAUUGGCGAUGAAGUUUCUGGAGCGACCCGAAUUGGCCCAUUUUCAUUUCCAAAAAGAAUUCUUGAAGCCUUUUGAGUUCAUCAUGGCACACAACGCUAACCCAGACAUGCGAGACAUGGUUGUCAGGUGUAUAUCGCAGAUGGUCUCGUCCAAAGCCCAGAAUAUUCGGUCGGGUUGGAAAAACAUUUUUGUUGUGUGCUCAGCGGCCGCAGGGGAUGACAGCAGCGCCAUUGUAACUUUGGCUUUCAACACCACUAAGUCCGUGAUCCGGACGUACACGGAUCUGUUUGUGGGGACCGCCUUUGUGGAUAGCAUCAACUGUCUGGUUGAGUUUGCGUGCAACCAGCACUUCCCCAACAUCGCCAUGGAGGCUAUAGACCGCAUCCAUGAGUGUGCCGAGCGCAUGGCUCAGGAACAUAGCUUCGGCGAUGAGUUUGAUGACGCUGCCUGGGUGUCCGGCUGGUUCCCUAUCCUCUUUGGGCUGCACUCGGUCAUGUCCAGGACUUCAUUGGACAUCCGCACCAGAGCGCUGACGAUUCUCUUUGAGAUCCUCAAAUCCCACGGCAAAAAGUUCCGGUCAGACAACUGGAAAGAGAUCCUGCAGAUUCUCUUCCGACUGUUCGACGACCAGAAACUGCCCGAACGCAAACACGAACGCAUUGCAUGGCUCAACACCACGUGCAACCACGCACUGUUUGCCAUUGUGGAACUAUUCACACUCUACAUGGACCAGCUAGAACCCAUGCUGGCUGCCUUCUACGGCACUCUGCGGUGGUGCAUAGACCAGGACAACGAACAGAUUGCGCGUAGUGCUACACAGUGUCUGCAAGUGUUGGUGCUCUCUAACGGUCAUCUCUUCACCAGCGCCAGCUGGGAUGCCACAGCAAACGCCGUGAAAUCAUUAUUCGAGGGCUCCACCCCACGAGGUCUGGUCAGCUUCAACGCUACCCUACAGGCACAACACGACCGAGAAGGCGUUCCCAAAGACUCGCAGCGACAGGGCUUGGACUUCAACUCCAUCAUCAUCAAGUGUGUGGUGCAGUUGGAGAUGAUCCAGGCGGUGGAGAACAUAGUGCUGCAUGAGAGCGGCGUGCAAGCACAGGCCGACUUUGCCACGAGGCAAGCGUUACAGAUGAAGACGUCCAGCGAACCCCAGGAUAAGGACAAUAAAGGAGGAGCCGGCACAGCAGGUGCUACCGCAGAAGCGAGUACAGAUACAGAUGCAAAUACGGGUGGGAAUGCGGACGUGCCUACAUCCAUACAAGGGUCAAAUAAAGAGGAACUGGCCCAAGACGAGACUGUGGAGGAGCCCCAGGAGAAAGACAAACCAGAGGCUGGCAUGUACACCUACCUCGAUCCUAACCAGUUGAAGAUACUGUUGGACUGUCUACGGGAUUCGCACGAGUUUGCAAAGGGCUUCAACAACGACCAACGGCUGCGCACUUCUCUGUGGAAGGCUGGCUUCAUGAAACAACUGCCCAAUCUGCUGAAGCAGGAGACAUCGUCCUUGCACGCCAGUUUAGGCAUAUUAUUCCGAAUCUACGAUGACGUCAGUCGCGAGGAGAUGUGGACAAAUGUCGAGAGUCGGCUGUACCAGUUUGGCAACCAAAUCAUGGAGUUGUUUGUGCAUCUGCAGAGUGAUAAACAGCGCGCCAUCUGGUCACCCGUAUUGGUGCUGAUCCUCACCAAGGUACUGGGCUUCAAUGACGAUCGGUUCGCCCGCCAUGUGGGACAGUACUACAGCAAUUUGAGUGAGAUGAUGGCGCUCGAUAUGCGGCCCGAAUUACGCAGUAUAUUGCGCGACGUCUUCCGGCGGAUUGGCAAUCAGUUCUUCAUCAUGUCUCAGCAAGCAUCGGAGAACGCGAAAGCUUAAAGUAUACACGUGGAAUGAUGCCAAGCCUGCUAUCUUCUCGUCUGUAAUACUGCUUUCAGAAGACUCAACGGCCAUACAUCUCAUGUGAUCAGCAUUUGAGGUGUCUCUCAAUUUAGUGUAAUAAUAUGAUCAAUGUUAUAAUAAACGGUUUUAGAAUGGAGGUUCACAAAUGAGACCUUCUAACUGUGCA